CGGUCCAGAAGAGCAGGGACCGUCCCGGAAAUGAAGGGAAGAAAAAAAAGGAAAAAUAAAAAAAACCGCGGAUGACGACGACCGUGUCACGGACUCCACCUCGCAACAGAUGAAUAACGAUACAUGGUGGUCACCAGAAUCGAGCGGAAGAGAAACUAACAACUACCGUGUUAUGUUUGACCGGCUCGCGGCGCCUCUCUUUCGCCGAGCAGCGUGAGCGGAGCCCCGGCCGUUAGCCCGACCGACCCGACCGACCCUCCCUCCUUCCCCGCUAUGGAUGUUCUACUGUGGAUGGCGCCGCUGAUGGUGCCGCUCGUGGUGGUGGUGCUGCUGUGGAGCAGCGGUCACACGCUGGUGUUUUAUUUCAAAAAGUGCUUCUACGUGGCCUGGAUGAUGGCGCUGGCGCUGUUGGCUAUCCCGCUGUGCGUGCUCAAAAGCGGCGGCAGGGACGUGGAGAACAUGAGAAUUAUCCGCUCCCUGGUUCGACACGUCAAGUAUUUCCUCGGCCUGCGAUUCGAAGUCAGCGGCUGGGAGCACCUGCAGACCCCGGGCCCCUACGUCGUCAUCUCCAACCACCAGAGCUCGCUCGACGUUUUGGGCCUGAUGGAGAUCCUCCCCGACCGUUGCACCAUGAUCGCCAAGAAGGAGCUGAUCUACGCCGGCACGGUGGGCCUCAUCUGCUGGCUGGGCGGCAUCGUCUUCAUCAACCGCAAGAAGACCAGCGACGCCAAGAGCGUCAUGGCCGACGCCGCCAAAACCAUGUUGAACGAGCAGAUCCGUCUGUGGGUGUUUCCAGAGGGAACGCGGAACCAGAGAGGAGACCUUUUGCCUUUCAAAAAAGGCGCAUUCCAUCUGGCCGUGCAAGCGCAAGCGCCAAUCAUACCGGUGGUCUUCUCCUCGUACAGUAACUUCUACCUACGGAAAGAGAAGCAGUUCAAAUCGGGUAAGCGUUUCCGCACAAGUAUCUGUGCUUGUACUCGAGCACAGAGUGCGAGUACUUUUGCCACCUGUACCGUAGGGACCAUCCGGUUGAAGAUCCUUCCGAAGAUCGAGACCAAGGGCAUGACGUCCGAGGACGUGGCGUCCCUCGCCGACAAAUCCUUUGACGUGAUGCGAUCAGCCUUCCUGGACAUCUCUGGCUUGGCGUGCGGCAACGGGCCCGUGAGGCACUGAGCGCCCGCCAGUCUGCCCGCCCGCCUUUUUGUCAACCUCGGCCUCUCCACGCCCACCGCCACGUUUAUCCCCCAUUACUCUCUGGCCAGGCAGCCGGUCCCGGUCCGGGACCCGGUUCUGGUCCGCGCAGUCCUGACCCUCGCGGUGUCUGCGAGCGGAGUGACGGACGGCGAGCCCAGCUGUACGGAUGUGCGUAGUUUUUUCGUGCAUGCCCUUUGCGCGUUCUUCGCUUUGGAUGCAUUUGUUUUGUUUUUUAAUUUUAAAUCCUCUCAUGUUGCCAUUUUGUUGUGGUUAUUUUGGGACGAGGUGGACGUCCACACACCACUCGAAGUUCAUCUGGUGCGCCAACAAGUGGCGGUGACAGCGUUUGUUUAGCAGGCGCUCUCUGAUCUGGUGGGGUGACAAUAAAGAAACGAGACUGCACUUGUCGCGGUGCUCUCGCCAUUAUUCAAGCUAAUUGUUCACUACCAAGAUGCAUCAGAGCCACUAUGAAAAAAUACUUGUAAUGGAACUUUUUUUAUUAUUGCUACUACGACAAGAAUAAAGAAUUUUGAGAAAAUGGCAGUCAAAUUUAAAUUUAACAGGCAAAUUGAAGUAAAAAUAUGACUUUAUUGUCAUUAUGACUUGAAAAAAAUAUUUUUGUAAGAUUAGGAGUGUUUCUCAAAAUAUUAUGCCCUUUGUUGACUUUUUUUUCUAGCUAAAAUGCAACUUUAUUCACUUUCACUAUUAUGACUUGAUUUAAUUUUUAUUUUUUUCUUAUAUAUAAAAAUAUGACCAUCCUCAGACAAAAAUGUCACUGUAUUAUUCCAACUUUUUGCUCAAAAUGUGACUAUUAUAAAACUACUGCUUUAUUCUUGUCAUAUUAUGCCCAUUUCUGACUUUUUUUCUGAAAGAAAUGACUUGAUUCUCUUAAUAUUGCACCCAUAGUCUUAAUUCUAAAAAAUUAUGACUUUAUUCUUAAAAAAAAAAAAAAAAAAAAAAUGUUGACUUGUCCUGACUUCUUUUCUAAAAAAACAAAUAUCUCCUUAGAGUAUUUUUCUUGAAAAAUAUUCUCAUGUUUCGUCCUCGGUCGACUUUUUUUUAUUUUUUUUCAUUAAAAUAAGAAUGUUUCUUGUUAGCUACAAUUUUUUUAUUUUUUAAAAGCCACCUAGCCUUGCUGGGAAUAGCAAAUAAAAGUGAGUAAUUAAAGUCCCUCAAAUAUGUUAUAUCAGAUUAUACCAUUACAGAAAGAGAGCAAAUAGUACAGAUUGGUGAGUUUUAAGUGAAUUACUGAGGAACAGUUCCAUAUAAAAAAAACAAGUGAAUUCGUAAAUGGUGAACUAACUGUGAAUAGUAUAUAAGAAGGAAUAUUCUCAUAUUGACUUUUUUACCAAUAAAAUGUGACUUUAUUCUAACACGCUUUGUCUGUUCCUCAAAAAAAAGUUCUCUUUUUUCUUUAAAAAAAAUACUGCUGUAUUGUUUAAAAAAGUACUUGUUCAAUAUAGCACCCACCCCCCCGGAUUAUUAUUAUUUUUUACUAUUGUCACGCCGUUUGUAUUUUCUUGACAUUUUACAACUUGCGACAAUUUUUAAAAACACGUGGCUGGUGAAGUCACGUUUCUUUACUGUCACAUGGACAAAAAGUGGCCCACUGAAAUGUUUUUCAUUUGACUGGCAUCAUAAAUGUAGCGUAACAUGUUUUAGCUUAGUGACUUUGCCCCGUAGCGUUAUUAUAUUUUACUUUUUAACAAAUUUCGGCCUUCAUUCAUAUUCUGCUAAUGUACCUGUCUCGGCCUUCGGGAUGAGUGUGCGAGCUACUAACUGCAUUUUAAUGUCUCGUUUUUUUGGUUAUUGUUUUGUGCUAUUUAAAGUGGGCUGACGUCAUUGCGCGCUGAGCUAGCGUCCGAGCUAGCACGCGUCUAUUGAUUCAAUGUUCAAUAUAUAGCUGGUUUGACGAGUGACGCUCGCCUGUAUUCGCUUAAUUCACGUCCGCUCUACACGCACACGUCACAGUUAAUGUUGCAUUCAGGCAAUAGGAAUAUUAACUUGUUAUUAAUCCAGUUAAUUACCCCCCCCCCCCCCUCGUCAUCAAUAUGCGAUUUUAUUCUCAUCACAUUGGGGUUCAUUCUCGUAAUAUUCCAUCCUUUGUGUUGACUUUUUCCAUCCAUCCAUCCAUUUUCUGAGCCGCUCAUCCUCACACUCGGGACGCGGGGUGUUGACUUUUUUUUUUAUUCCCAUAAGAUUAGGACUUUUUUCAUGUUACGGCCUUUUUUUUCCCCAAUCAAAUACGGCUUUUUCAUUAAAAAAAAAAAAAAAGUGACUUCAUCCUCGAAAAAAAAUGCUACUAUUUUCAUAACAUUACGACUUUUUCUCAUAGUGUUAAACCCUUUGUGUUGACCUUUUCUUGAUAAAUUGUGACUAAAUCUAAUCUAAUCUAAAAAAAAAAAAAAAUACAUUUAGGAAAAAAGUAUUACUUUAUUCUGGUAAGACAAGCAGACGAUCUGAAAAAAUAUACCCAUCCACCCCCCCAAACUUUUUCUUUAAAGAUAACUUGCAACACUCUGCUUCAAUAUAUUUAUAUUUUUGUCAACUUCUUGCAUUUUGAAUGUCAAAUAGAACCAAAAAAAAUAAUAAUUGUCUAAAGGGAGCGUUUUGGGACAUAUGCCCCGCUCCCUUUCUGACCAUCCAACCAUCCAAUUGGUCAAGCAGUCAGGCUUAUUAUAUGGGUGACUGCAUUUAUGCUAAUGUUGUGGUGUGCUGCAAUUAUAUAUUUUUCCCCUCUCCCAGAAUGUCAAGGAAAAUUAUGAACAAUUUCCUUAUGUUUUUUUCUUUUUCUAUUUUUUUUUUAUAAAAAUCAUUUUCACCAAAGCUAUUAAAAACGGGACGUAAUACCCCGCAGUGUGUGUGUGCAUGUGUUCGUGUGUGUGUGGGAUCCUAAACCCCGCCGCCCCAUUCGCAGUAUUCUGGCUAAUAUUGACGAUGUCGUGUUUUUUUAGUUGACUUACUAAAACAAAUGGGGUAAAUGUGAAUUUGCCUUGCAAAAGAUUUCAAUAAAUUUAUUUCUUCUUA